AGAUGAAUCCAACAAAAUCUUAUAAGCCAAAGUCCAGCAGCGGUGGCCGCAGUAGUAGACUCUUCGGUCCCCUGAGUCGCCAUGCACUGUGGUAGGCGGUCUCCGACUGUCGAACGCGGAGGUACCACCCGGCGGAUCUCGUAGGCAGAGCCAGAAUGUGUGCAUGUUGCAUGCACACGUGUUCCCUCGCCAGAGUCCGUGUGGU